AUGGAGAGCGUCUCAUCUCUGGCUAGUGCCGAGAGCGCUCAGAUAACCAAGGAUGAGCUCGAAGUUAUUUGGCAAAUGGGCGUUGCUUCUAUGGUAUCAAACAACGAGCAAAUGGUAAUUCCCAAGUACGUCGCCAUCAAACUCAGUGAAGAAAACAUCGACGAUCUCAAAGCUCGCUUCAGCCAAUUCUAUGACAACUGCUGCACGGAGACAGUUGUCGAUCACGUCGCCCAAGUCUUUCGCAUCCGUAAAGCUCCCGAGCCUGCAUUGGUCGGAAACAGUCCUUUCACUUGCCGCAGCUUGCCAUCGCCUUCCAUCUCACCCCAGUCUCAUCUCUCGGCCUCUGAGCCCUACCACCACGGUUCUCACGAUCAAACUGGUGAUACUGGAAAUAAAUAUCAACCAGUCAAAGCAAUUCGAUUGCCUGGCAAGAAAUCCAAAGUCCCUCGUCCACCCAAUGCUUUCAUCCUCUACCGCCAGAAACAUCAUCCCAUUGUCAGAGCUACUCAUCCCUUGAUGAAGAACAACGAUAUCUCCAUUCUCCUUGGCCAACAGUGGAAGGCAGAAUCCGAAGAUGUCAAAGCACAAUACAAGGUAUUGGCAGACAAGAUGAAGGUCAAACAUGCUUUGGAGAAUCCUGGAUACCAGUAUGCACCUCGCAAGGCUUCCGAAAAGAAGCGCCGCAUGACUGCCCGGAAGCUUGCAAAGCUCCACCUCAGUGAUCCCAAAUCUGAUGCGCAAGCCAACCCAGACAUCGAGAUGGAUGGUGCGAAGGGCAAACAACGAUUGGAUGAUCCAGAAACUGGUGCUGUUGAUGUUGGUCCACGUACAUUCACCGAGGCAACUCCGUUCCCUUUGCCAGUUUCUGCUUCCGCAAUUCUUGGAACUGAGCGAGCCAGCUAUCCAAGCCAGCUUGAACUUCACGAAGAUGGGGAGAUGUCUCUCGACAUCCCCACUGGUCACAGUCAUGUUGAACACGACUACAUGGUCAAGAUGGAUGCUGCCAUCGACCUUUAUGAGUCGCCCGUCGAACACAAAAUCAUUCGAAUCCCCUACGACCGCCAUGGAAGAACUACCAUCGCAGCCAUAGAAGCCGCAUACGCCGAGCAUGGUCUUAACUACAUGGACGAUCUCGUCGACUGGGAAGGUAUCAAUUCCGACAUUGAGAUCCUUGCCACUAUGCUCCCAUUCGGCGAUGAUCAUCCAGAGGUAAUCCACCCGGGGGUGACAGAAGCAGCUACUACCAAGCCUACUGCAUCUAUUGUCGGAUUUGAUGAUGAUAGGGAGCGCUUGGAGUUUCAAGAGCGGCUUGAUAACAUCCUCUGGAUGCUCGAGUAA